AUGGUUCAAGCCUAUACUGCCGGCUGGCGUUCAGCCUGGUUGCUUACCCUUCUCUCUGUCGGCACCACAGCCAAAGACGCCCAGCUCGAUCCUCUGCAAUACGUUGACCUUCUCAUUGGGUCCACCAACGGCGGCAAUGUUUUCCCUGGCGCAUCCCUCCCCUACGGCAUGGCCAAGGCCGUCGCCGACACCAACAGCGGCAGCAACCAAGGCGGCUUCACCCUCGACAACUCCCCCGUCACCGGCUUCAGCGUGCUUCACGAUUCAGGAACCGGCGGAUCGCCCUCCCUGGGCAACUUUCCGCUUUUCCCCUACAACGGCUGCCCCGGCGACGACGUCGACAACUGUGCCUUUCCCAAGAAGACCCGUGCCAAUUUUGGAAAGUUUUCCAACGAAUCUGUAAAGGCCGAACCGGGCUAUUUCGGCAUCACGCUCCAGUCCGGGCCCCAGGUGGAAAUGACAACCACCCAGCACACGGCCUUGUUCCGGUUCCAGUUCAAGGGCGCCGGCGCCGGCGCUAAGCCCCUCAUUCUGCAGGACCUUAGCGACUUGUCUGAUUCGCGCCAGGACAACGGCACCGUCAAAGUUGAUCCCCAGACUGGCCGCAUCACCGGCAACGCAGUCUUUGUCUCGAGCUUCAGCCAGGGCUCUUACAAGCCCUAUUUCUGCACAGACUUUCACGGCGCUGAUAUCGCCGACAGCGGCAUCUUUGUGGAUAGCCGCGCCAGCACUCAGGUUCACGACCUGACCAUCUCGCGCUCCAUCAAUGGCUACCCCUUGCCCGGAGGAGCCUUUGUGCGCUUCGCCAAUGCUGACAAGCCUGUGUACGCGCGCGUCGGUGUCAGCUUCAUCAGCGUCGAGCAGGCCUGUGCAAGUGCCGAGCGUGAGAUGCCCAACUUUGACUUUUCCAAGCACCAGCGCGAUGCGGAAGCGGCAUGGAGGCAGAAAUUGAGCCCCAUUACCGUCAACACCGAGGGAGUCGAUGUAGGCUUCGUCAAGAGCUUCUACUCGGGCAUCUACCGCACAAUGAUCAACCCGCAAAACUACACCGGUGAGAACCCGUUGUGGAGCGACGGAGAGCCGUAUUUCGACUCGUUUUACUGCAUCUGGGACUUGUUUCGCUCGCAGCUCCCCUUCUUGACCAUAUUGGAUCCCGAAGCUGUCGCGCAAAUGGUUCGCUCACUCAUCUCCACCUACGAGCAUGAUGGGUGGCUGCCCGACUGUCGAAUGAGCUUGAACAGGGGCUACACCCAGGGAGGUUCCAAUGCCGACGUCGUCCUGGCAGACGUCUUCCAGAAGGGUAUCAAGGGCGGCAUAGACUGGACCAAGGGCUACCAAGCAGUCAAGAAGGAUGCCGAGGUGGAACCCUAUGACUGGUGCUGCCGCGGUCGCGGAGGCAUCGACUCGUGGAACCGACUAGGUUACGUGCCUGUGCAGGAUUUCGACUACAAGGGCUUCGGGACUAUGACGCGAUCCGUCAGUCGGACUGUCGAGUACGCCUACAACGAUUUCUGCAUCGCGCAAAUGGCAAAGGGGCUCGGCAGUAAGGCCGAGGAGGAAAAGUACAUUGCCAGCAGCGGCAACUGGCGUAAUCUGUACAAAGCCGACCAGGUUUCCAAACGACCCAAUGGCGUGGAUACGGGAUUCAAGGGUUUCUUGCAGCCGCGAUACUUGAACAAGACGUGGGGAUAUCAGGAUCCCUGGAAGUGCACUAGAGAUGACAAUUCCGUGUGCUCGCUCCAGAACAGUGGCCUGGAAACGUUUGAAACUAGUAUCUGGGAGACCAGCUUCUUCGUGCCCCACGAUCAGGCCCAACUCAUCUCCCUCAACGGCGGCCCUUCCUCCUUUGUCUCCCGCCUCAACUACUUGCACGACCAGUCCAUGACCAACAUUGGCAAUGAGCCCUGCUUCCUCACUGUUUUCCAAUAUCACUACGCCGGCCGUCCCGCCGAGUCGGCCCGCCGCUCUCACUUUUACAUUCCUCAGUACUUCUCCCCCACGCCAGCGGGUCUGCCCGGAAACGACGACAGCGGCACCAUGGGAGCCUUUGUGGCAUUCUCCAUGAUGGGCCUUUUCCCCAACGCCGGCCAAAACGUCUAUCUCAUCACCCCGCCGUACUUUGAGAGCGUCAAGAUCAAGCAUCCUCUUACCGGCAAGACGGCCACCAUUCGAAACGUCAACUUUGAUCCCACGUACAAGAACAUUUAUAUCCAAGAGGCGACAUUGAAUGGACAGCCGUAUACGAAAAACUGGAUUGAUCAUUCGUUCUUUACCGAGGGCAAGGAGCUUGUUCUCACGCUGGGAGGCAAGGAGAGCGCCUGGGGAACAGCGGCGAAGGACCUUCCGCCGAGCUUGAGUCGAAACGAGGGACUUUGA